AUUCAUUGCGAAUGCGAGUGGUAGGCAACACAUCACACAACAAAUUGUGCGUAUAUCUUAUACAAUUUUGGUUUUCUGUGAUCCUCAUAAAACACUUUAAAGGGAAAUCAAGAGAACAUGACAAUGCAGAGCUUACAAGUCGUUUUGGAGCUUUGGUAGUUUCACUCAAAAUUUCCCACGCGACGGAUGCGCGCCGUUGAUGAGUUGGGUUAUCACAAAACGUUAAUUGAGUUGUCGACCUAAUUGUCUUUAGAUAUGGAGAGCGAUGCGCGUCGUCCCACUUCCAGCUCCAUCAGACAGAUCGCAGCCUCACUGAUCGCCGGUUCCUUCUCCAUAGUGUGCGGAAGCUCGUUGGCCUACUCCGGGAUCGUGGUGCCUCAAAUUUUGGACAGGGAGAACGGCACCAGCUUCAACGUCAGCUCCAGUGAGAUCCUUUGGAUCAGUAGCUCGACCUCGCUGGCGAUACCGAUCGGCGUCGCGCUUUCCGGACUUACGAUGGACGUGUGGGGCAGGUUAGUUACGUUAAAAUUGUCGAUCAUUCCCAACGUGAUCGGUUGGGCUCUGAUAGCCACGGCCCAAAAUGGGCUCAUGAUAGUACUUGGUAGGAUCUUUACCGGAAUUUCCUUCGCAUUGGCGUCCGGACCUUCCUUUGUCUACAUCUCGGAGGUGAGCGACCCAAACUUUAGAGGCGCCCUUCUUUGCUUUCCAGGGAUUUUUUUUAGUGUUGGUAUACUGCUGACGUACUUCAAGGGAUGGUUGAUCAACUGGCGCUGGGUAUCGUGGAUCUACCUGCUCUACGCGGUGGUGUCCGUGGCGAUGACGAUGCUCCUGCCGGAGACGCCCUCGUGGCUGGUGUCGAAGGGUCGCCAGUCGGAGGCGAGGAAGUCGUUGCGGUGGUUCGGAAGAGACCUGAAGAAAGACGAGCUGGUCGAGUUGGUCGAUCAAAGUGCACAAAUGGAACGAGGUUCCAAAAAGGUGGAUUUCAAGGUUUUUCUGCAACCGACAUGCUACAAGCCCUUCGCGAUUGUUUCCAUGUUGUUCGCCCUGCAGCAGUUCAGCGGUCUCUACGUGAUCACGCUUAACAGCGUCAUCUUCUUUAAGGAUGUAGGGGUGGCUAUGGAUCCCUACCAGGCCUCGGUCUAUAUGGGUGUUCUGCGGUUGGUGGUGUGCCUGGUUGGUGCUUGGAUCACCAAUAAGGUCGGAAGACGAAUUCUUCUAAUGACAAGUGCCGGAGGCAUGGCCUGCUGCAUGGUCCUUUCGGCGCUCUUCACCCAAUGGAUUGAAGAAGGGACAGCUACCCAAACUUGGGUGCCAUUCUUCGUGGCUCUCCUUUACUUCGUGUUUGCGGCGAUUGGUCUGCAAAUUUUACCAUUUGCGAUUGCGUCGGAGGUUUUUCCUCAGUCGGUGCGCGGAGUAAUGCAGGGUUUAACGUUCGCAAUUUGCUACUUGCUUAUGUUUGCGUCGUUGCACUCGUACAACUGGCUCAAGGAAGCGUGCGGCGGUCCAUCGGGAUUGCAGUACUUUUUCGCUUCCCUGUGUCUCGUUACCAUACUCUUUGUGUAUGUUUUCUUGCCGGAAACGUUCCGGAAGACUUUAGGCGAGAUUGAGGAACAUUUCCUUCAUAAAGUAUUAUAUAUUUAGUAAUGGAUAAAUUAUUUGGUUCUGAUAAGCUCGUGAUGAGCUCUAUGGAGAAACUCUAGCAGCUGAAGAGGAGGAGGGUCGCGAAAGUUUGGCCUUUCUCAAACUGAAAACCGUUAGUAGUUCUGUGAAAGAAAAUUAAAGUAGAUUCUACCAAAAAAUGUUGCUUAAAUAUCGUCUUCCUUCUAUUCAGCGCCUGAAACUGGCGCAAUAUUUCCUUCCUCCUUUUUUUCUUCUCUCACUUUUUCUUUUUUCCUUCUGCCUUCUGCUUCGUCCAAUUUUCUAUCUUUAUUCUACCUACCAUUUUUUUUGUGCUCUCAACUCUUUCUUGUUUUUUGUCAAGUUUCCUGCAUCUUCCCUUUCAGUCUGCAAAUGUUUCCAUUUCAAGAGCCAUUAACAGCCCCCCCCCCCCCCGCAAAGAGCCAUUAGAGUUCUUUACGAGUUUUGAGGAUCUCUCUCCUCUGGGGCCAAAACUUUAAAAGCUUACUCGAAGAGACAAAUGUCCAAAAACUAAACACUUGACAUAGGCUCAGAAUCUCAAAGACAUUAAACAACUCAGACUCGGAGAGCCGUAACACAAGGAGUCUAGAGAACUCAAAAAUCAAAAAGAUCAAAGACUCAAAAACUAAACGGAUCAAGGUUUUAGAAACUCGGAGCCUUAAAAACAAAGAUUCAAGAGUAUACAUGUUAAAUACUGAAAAACACAAAAGCUCUCGAUGCUCGGAGAAUGAAUUUUGCCUUUUUCAUACAUUAAUGACUUUUUCGAAUAUAUACAUCCUAAUCACGCUGUUGCAUAUGCUGACGAUACUUCAUUACUGAUUUCGGACCAAAAUAUCGAAACUCUAGCCCUUAAAAGUCAUAAUUUAAUACAAUUAGGAAUAACCUGGUUUAAUAAGAACAACUUAAAAUUAAAUGAAGAUAAAACUCACAUAAUUACCCUCUCCACAAACAAUAAGGUUGCAACCGGCAGGUGUGUUAAAGUUUUAGGCAUAUAUAUUGAUGAAAAACUCACUUGGAGCAAUCACAUUGAUUUAGUUUUAUCUAAGUUAUCCAAAUCAUUAUUUAUUUUAAGGAAUUUAAAACGAUCACUUUGUAUAGCCACCCUAAGAUCG